UGUCAGGUCUUAUAAGGCGGGGGUAGGCGUGGGUUGAUAGUUGACCUCCGUUAUGUAAGGCGGCGUUGGUUGACCUAGACCACGAGGCAUACACUGGGGAAUCCGCAGGGUCGGCUACACAGCGACAAAUGCGUUUGUAGGGGAGGAAUCCACUACACUGUGUCACGCACCCACGUCGAGAAAUUAAAUGUCAAUGAUACUCAACUCAAAAUAGGAAAGCUCCAGCUAAAAUAUAUGAAAUGUGUGUGCGGUACAGUUGCCAGAUAAGGUUUAACCUCAAUAACAUCGUUAUCUAGUGGCUGCGUCUAGAAGCUAUUCAUGACGUCAUAGACGUUGAUGUGACUUCAUGAGUGAUAUUUUUACGUUUUCCCUUUAUUUUAGACAUAUCAAUCUUCAUCUAUGUAUGCAUGUAGGUAUAAAAUUAAGAAUUUCUUGGUAUAAUGACAGCAAAGUUAAACUGAAAUAUAAUGGCGUCAUCAAUAAUUUUACUAAUUAUAUAAUGGCUAUUCCUGGCUGUAGUCCAAGAUUUUGAAAACAAGUAGACGACAACAUGACGUCACAGAAGUACGACUGCAGCGUCAUCCAUAAAAUGACGUCACUGUCUUGAGGUCCCAGCUACCCACUACGUCACACUCAGUCUGUCUCAACAACAUUGUUCUUCGUUAUUAUCAGCCAAAAAGCUUUUAACUGUUUCUUGGAAAUGAAUUGUAUAACUAUUAAUUUCAAACCCCAUGACUUCUAAUGGAUUUAAAGUUUAUAUAUUAAAGACAUAUGUAACAAAAAAAGAUAGUUUUCUCUCAUGAAACAAAAAAUAAUGAAAAGAAAUUUUGCUGGAUAAGAACAAAUAUUAUGUAAACAGGCUGAAAGUUAGAGACCUUUAACAGAGAGAGAGAGAGAGAGAGAGAGACAUAUACUCUUGGUACAAGUUAGAGACCUUUAACAGAGAGAGAGAGAGAGACAUAUACUCUUGGUACCGAUAAACAGGGAGAGACAGAUAAAAGUCAGUCAACAAGGUGGUCAUAGACGUGAGACCGACGGCACAGUCCCUACUACACCACGAUGGAUCCACCAGCUUCAAGAUCUCGACUAGAAAUCAACUUUAUACGACUACUCGAGGAGACACAACAAAUGGCUAAUGGGAACAAGCAAAAGGACUGGACGUUUGAGAAGUUGAUGAAUGAUCGGAGGCUGGUUAUCCUCUUUGGGAGUCAGACAGGAACAGCUCAGGAAGUGGCUGAAAGAAUUGGGAGAGAGUCCCGACGCUACUAUUUUAUUCCCAUAGUCUCUGCAAUGGAUGAUUACCCUGUUGAAGACUUGACCAAGACACCAUUGGUGGUGUUUGUUGCCUCAACCACUGGUCAGGGUGAUGACCCAGAUAACAUGAAAAUAUUCUUCAGAACUCUUUGGUCACAGAGGAAGAACAGGCAGCUGUUAGUUAACCUUAAGUUUGGAGUUAUUGGGCUUGGGGAUUCUUCGUAUCAGAAAUUUAAUUUUGUUGCCAAAAGACUUAAUAAUUUAAUAACAUUCUUAGGUGGUCAACCCAUUUUAAAGCUUGGGCUCGGGGAUGACCAACAUGACCUGGGGCCAGAUUUUGUGAUAGAUCCGUGGUUAAAAAGUUGGUGGAGUCUGGUGCUGGAGCUUCACCCUCUACCAGAAGGGAGGAAACCUCUCAGUGCCUCUGUGCUUCUACCACCUAAAUACAAGGUUAAAAUUUUUAAUGCAGACGCCAGCAAAUAUGAUCAUGUUCAGGACAACUGUGUGUCGGGGUCACAAGGUGAAGCUUGUGCAGCCAGUCCGUGCAGUGCAAAAAUUACUAUGAACAGAAGAGUUACAUCCUCGGAUUUCUUUCAAGACGUCAGACUCAUAGAGUUUGAUAUAACCGGCAUCAAAACAAAACAUAAACCGGGUGAUGUUCUCGUGGUGCAGCCUCAGAAUUUAGAAGAACACGUCGAUGAGUUCAUUAGCCUUCUUGAUCUAGAUCCAGAUGAAUUGUUUUAUUUAGAAUCAAAUGAUCCUAAUGUCUCCUUACCUCCAGCUGCUGUACUACCAAGGCCAUGCACAAUGAGAGAAUGUGUACAAAAAUACUUUGAUAUUUUAGCCAUUCCUAAAAGAUAUUUUUUUGAGCUGUUGGCAUUGUUCACAAAGGACGAAAAUGAGAAAGAGAAGUUCCAGGAAUUUUCCUCAGCAGAGGGACAACAAGACCUUUAUGACUACUGCAACAGACCCAAGAGAAGUAUCAUGGAGGUGUUAGCUGACUUUCCUCACACAAGACACAAUAUUCCUCUGGAGUACUUGUUUGAUCUCCUCCCUUCCAUUAAGCCUAGAUCUUAUUCAAUUGCAUCCUCUAGCCUUGCAUUACCAAACAUAGCUCAACUUCUCGUCGCUGUGGUCAAUUAUCGCACUGUUCUCAAGCGACCGAGAUUAGGUUUGUGUACAAACUGGCUGGCUAGACAGAGUGUGGGAAAUCGUGUACCCGUUUGGAUUAAGCCGGGAACUUUAACUUUCCCGUCUCUCACUUCUGGGGCUGUACCGCCCGUGGUGAUGAUUGGUCCUGGAACGGGAUGUGCCCCAUUCCGUGCAUACAUACAGGAGAGAGUAGCGAGUGGUCAUCAUAAAGAUAUAAUUAUGAUAUUUGGAUGUAGAAAUAAAGACAAGGAUUACUUCUUUAAGGAGGAAUGGGAAGCACUGGCGAAGGAACAGAAACUGGAGCUUUAUUGUGCUUUUUCUCGUGAUCAGGAAGACAAGAUUUAUGUACAGCACAAGAUGAGAGAGAACGCUUCCAAGCUCUGGACUCUCAUAGGAACACAACGAGCAAUGAUUUACUUUGCUGGGAAUGCCAAAAGGGUCCCAAUCGACGUGUACGAAGCCCUGACGUACAUAUGUGAGAAGGGCAGAGGUCAAGGGACACAGGACGCUGAGCAGUACAUGAAGAAGGAUGUAGAGAAGCGUUAUCAGACGGAAACUUGGGCAUAAAAGAACUUUAAUGUAACUCUAUGAACAUCAAAGUAAGGGAACACCUUUGUAUGAAAUUUUAAGAGAAUGAACAUAAGGAUAUAGACACAAAAGAAGAAAGGAGACAUAAUUAUUUGUGCCUAAAAAUAUUAAACAGCGAGAGAGAUGUCAAUAUAUUUUUUGUAUUUUUUUAUGGUCAAUGAGUGUUCAAUGAUAUAUUAUGUUGCCUUAUAUUGUACUAACUUAAAAAAGAGAUGAAGCAAACAGAGACAGACCAGUUGAGAUGAUAUGAACAAAUUAUUAUAUCAGGACCUAACUAUUAUAGACAAUUAGAGUAUUGUACUUAUAUUACUAUGUAAUGUCUGAAUCUAUAACAUGUGUGGCUUUGUAAGGUAUCAGGUACUGUGUAUAAUAUUUAGAGUUGUAUAAUUACGUGUAAAUUUGAAUUAUAUAAAAUGUAAAUUCUCUGUACAUUAUGUAAAGUGUGGAUAUAAAUGAAAUAUAAAAUUCUACGAUGCUUGGCUUGAUGAGAUAUAAAAUUAUGUUAAGUUUUAUGUAUAGAUAACAUAAUAUUGUACCCCCACUACAUGGAAAGCCUGGUUCUCUCCAUAGGAUGUGGUGUGGUGUGGUGUAGUGUCGGGUAACACUACAGGCUACUCAGUAAAUUCUCCUGCAAAUAAGGCUUUAUGUCAUGAGCAGUUUAGCGGGCAGACUCAUACUUAUUCAUUAAUGAGAAUUUUAUCACAAAACUAUGCAUUGUAAAUAGAUUGAGAUGGGCUAUCCUGUAUUAAAUAAUAUUAAAUAUGUAAGAUGUUAGUGUAUAAGAAAUACAGGUAUACAGUAUUUAUG